AUGGGUUACAAACUCGCCUCUGUCUUCCUUGCUGGAGGAUGCAAUCGAGUGCCGGCAUGCGCCGACGUAUCCGAGGGGGGCUGGUUCAUUGCGUACGGAUGCGGUGAAAACCAUCUCCAUUAUCUGUCACUUCUGCUCCUCAACUUUCAUCGUGCUCUGAGAUCAUGCCCGCCAUACAGUGGGCACCAGGACCGUGUGAACUGCGUUAGAUGGAUCUCCGCACGAGACUGCAACGACCCUGCUGCUGCUGCGGAGUUGGUGUCGAGCUCGUCGGACAAGACUCUGAAACAUUGGAAGAAGAAAGAUGGGGAAUGGAAGUGCGGGCAGACGCUUGCAGGACACGAUGGGUCGGUAACCACCUUCUGCAUGACGUCGGUGAAAGAUAAGGGACUACGAUUGGCCGAUGAUUGGGUUCGGGUGCAAGACAUCAGUUAUCCUCCUAAAAAGAUUCCUGUCUCCAUCGAUAUGGUGCACUCGCCCUCAGGCUUCAUGUUGGCAGUGGGGCAUGUUGACUCCACGGUUCGUCUACUUGGCGAUGAUGGGCAGGGGUUUCAAGAGCUCUGCACCUUCAAAGGACACGAGGAUUGGAUCACAGCCCUUGCGUUCCACAUCGAUCAUGGAAAACAAUUCCCUCUCCACCUUGCCACGGCCAGUGCGGACAGUAACAUCAGAAUAUGGGCGAUCGACAAGGGAAAAGAUCCUGAAGCUUUUGAAAUGCGACAAGAAGAGACAACCGAAGUCAAAGAUGCAGAUGGUGUUGUCCGACGUCCAAAACAAGCUCUCAACCUCACAGUCAAACAUCACAACUUCUCUCUUGCUGGGCAAACUCUCCAUGCAAAGUUGGAUGCGGUUCUCUUUGGGCAUGAGGACAGAGUUCACAGUGUCCGUUGGAAGCCUCGGUGGGUAGAGGAGGUGGCGCCUUGCUGGGGAGGACUGCCGGACGGUCUCGUCCUCCUCUCCUCUUCCAUGGACAAGAGCAUGUGCGUGUGGGCUCCUGAUCCCCAGGAUGACGUGUGGACGUCACAGGUUCGCGUGGGAGACAUCGGAGGUCAACCUGGGCAGCUCGGCUACUACGGUUGUUUGUUUGCUCGCUUUUCCUGGGGUGCCGACGUGCCGCCAGGUAAGACGAAAGAGCUGGGGGGGGCAGUGGUGGGUAUUUCAGCACAUGGGCAUAACGGAGCAUUCUUCUCCUGGUGCCCUCCGUCUUCAAUCUCCUCUCAGCAGGAUGAUUCUGCUCUCCUUGGCGCCUGGACUCCCAAAGUCAUGGCAGCAGGACAUUACAACGUCGUGGAGGACAUAGCGUGGGAGCCCAGAGGUCAUUACUUCCUGUCUGCCAGCAGAGAUCAGACGACCCGACUAUGGGCAGGUGACGUGAAGGAGCAGGAGCAGGAGCAGGAGCAGGAGCAGGAGCAGGAGCAGGAGCAGGAGCAGGAGCAGGAGCAGGAGCAGGCGCAGGCGCAGGAGCAGGAGCAGGAGAAGGAGCAGGAGCAGGAGCAGGAGCAGGAGCAGGAGCAGGAGCAGGAGCAGGAGCAGGAGCAGGAGCAGGAGCAGGAGCAGGAGCAGGAGCAGGAGCAGGAGCAGGAGCAGGAGCAGGAGCAGGAGCAGGAGCAGGAGCAGGAGCAGGAGCAGGAGCAGGAGCAGGAGCAGGAGAAUAAAGAGAAGGAGGGAAUGGCAGGAGGGGGAGGAAGCAAAAGAGAGGCUGGGGCUCAUUGCUUCGGUUGCCGAGAAAGUUCUGCCACCGACUAUAAGGAGAGAGAAUUUCGGGAGAUUCAUCGAGAUUGCCCGCCGCAGGUUCAUGGUUUCGGGAUGAAAUGUGUCGCUUUCAUAGGGGGAAGGUGUCAUUGUUACGUCUGCGGUGCAGACGACGAGAAGGUCCUGAGGCUCUUCAACGCCCCCAAGACGUUUGUCGAGAGUGCACCUCCAGCUGAAGAGUUUGCGGCUCCUCUGACUCUGCAUGCCCCAGCUGCCGUCGACCACGACGAGCAGACGAGGGUCCUUUCUGCAAGCCUCCCAGCCCUCGGCCUGUCAAACAAACCUGUCGCCUCGGACUCCGGGUCCACCCCCGACGCGUCCAGCCUGACCCUAGCUGGAGGAGAGGCGGAGGACAUGAACGUUCCCGAGGAGCAGGAGGAGGAGUUCAUGCCCGUGCAGAAAGCCAGGGCGAUUAGCUCAGCUCCUACCGAAGAAGAGCUGCUGCAGCUGACGCUAUGGCCGGAAGACGCAAAACUUUACGGGCAUGGCAACCCGAGCUAUGCCGUUGCUGCGAGCAAUCAAGGCUGUAUCAUUGCCGCCACGUGCAGAGCUGCUGAGAGCCAACAGGGCCAAUCAGGGAUCCGAUUAUGGGAGGCUCCAGGCUGGAAACCCAGAGGAGUUCUCAACGGCCACAAGCUCACUGUCACUCAGGAGCACCUCCGAACUGGGAACCUCCUUCUCCCUCAGGGCAAAGCUGGAAAAGGCGCACGAGCGCAUUGUGUGGGCCUGCAGCUGGGAUCGGUGUGGGAACUUUGCGGGGACGGCAGCCAAGUCAACCUGGUGGCUCAACUGCCCAAGUUUGACAGUGCUGUGACGGCGCUAGACUGGGCGCCGUACAGCGUGUCUGAAAGGAGCUGCAUUGCGAUUGGAACAGAGGAGGGGGAAGUCAGCGUGUGGACUAGCGAUCCUGUCAACAAGGAGUGGGAAAAGCUCACAAGCUUGCAAGGUGAGUUCGCUCACGCCGGUGCCGUCCACGCCUUGCGCUGGCGCCCGACCAACGCAACAAGUGUACAGCUCGCGACGUGCGGGGAGGAUCAUUCAGUGAUAGAUCACGACAGACGGCAUGACGGCUGGCCGAAGCUGCUGAGAAAGUCCGAGCUGACGAUAACGUUGCUCACAUUUAAGAUCGAGUUGAAACCGCCGCCAGUUGCUCUCGCUCUAGUCCAGUGA